UCGACUUCAUUUCGACUGAGCAAAGAGCUCCUUAAUCAAGCCAGGAACCGUCUACUUGAGUUCCAAGAGGAAAAAAUGGAGGAUAUGAAGCCAAUCAUUAUCAAGGAAAAUGUUCUCGCGAAGCCUACAUCAGUUAUUGCAGAACUGAGCGAAAGCUUCCUGUUAGCAUUCGUUUGGUCGAUGGAAAAAAAUUAUAGCUUACGAAAAGAUCUUAUUGUGGGUCUGAAUAAUUACUGUACUGCCGACCUUACCAUUCGACCACAAGAACUUCCUAGAUCUCCGAAGGGAGACCAUAUCCAACUCUGGUUGUUGAAGUUGGCAACAGCGAGACUACCCUUAGUUUACAUGAUCUUUCGACAGGCUACUUUUCUAACAAAUACGACCAUCAAAUUUAUCUUGCGAUCAAAUUAUUUUUCCAUGCGUCAGGGCAAUGCUCGCAUUGCGCUACCUAC